CUGGCACGACACUUAUAACUGCUCAAAAUGACGUUCGCGCAUGUUUAUCCGCGUUGGGCUUUGUUCUGUGCAGUUCUGGUUCAUCUUCACACCGCGGUUCUUUCAUUACCGAACGAACUCGAGGCAACCCAUGUUUUUGAUAAGGGGAAUUCUUGUAAUGUUUCUGGCCUUUGGCGUAACAGCCUGGGUUCCCAGCUACAACUGCAUGCCGUGGGCUCCAUGCUGAAGGGGGUUUACGCGACGGCCGUGGAGAGUUCCCUAGGGGCAGCGGGGUCCCAUGGGCAGGCAGCGUUGACCGGUUUCGUCAGCGAGGGGGCGCAGCCUACCGUCACAUUCUCCGUUUUGUGGGAGAAGGGUUCCUGCACCUCGUGGGUGGGUCAGUGUUUCAUUCUGCCGACUGGAGACCGCCUUUUGAAAACCAGCUGGAUGUUGCGCUCUGUUGCAAAAAGCCCUGCAGAAAACUGGAUGAGUACCAGGGUUGGAGAAGACAAUUUUGCAUUUGUUUCUGCUUCAUAAGAAAUAAAAGUAUUUUGAGCUCAAUGAA